UCUGCUGCCCUCUUCGCCUUCCUCUGCACAACCAAUUUCCAUCCCACCGCCUCAACAAUGGCCGCCGCCGGAGGCCUUCUCACCGCUCUAGCGAGCCCCACAAAGCUCCUCCUUGCCCUCUUCCUUGUUCUCCACCUCGUCCCUUUCUCCUCCAUCACGGCCGCCGCUGCCAUUUCCAUCGGCGUCAACUACGGUGCCUACGCCAACAACCUCCCCCCGCCGGCCCAAGUCGCCGCCUUCCUCAAGGACCGUACCUUCAUCGACCGCGUCAAGCUUUUCGACGCCAACCCCGACAUGAUCCGCGCCUUCGCUGGCACCGGCAUCUCCCUGAUGAUCACCGUCCCCAAUGGGGACAUCGCCUCCCUCGCCUCCCGCUCGUCCGCCCCUUCCCCCGCCGCCUCCGCUUGGGUCGCCUCCCAUGUCGCUCCCUUCUACCCCGCCACCAACAUCUCCCUCGUCGCCGUCGGUAACGAGGUCCUCGCCACCGCCGAUCGCAACCUUAUCGCCCACCUCGUACCGGCUAUGCGCUCGCUCUACGCAGCCCUCUCGGCCGCCGGCUUUCACCAGAUCCGGGUUUCCACCCCCCACUCUCUCGGCAUCCUCUCCACCUCCGAACCGCCCUCCAUCGGCCGCUUCCGCCGUGGCUAUGACCGCGCCAUUUUCGCCCCGAUGCUCGACUUCCACCGCCGCACGCGCACCCCGUUCGUGGUGAACCCCUACCCCUACUUCGGCUACACGGCGCGCACCCUCAACUACGCCCUGUUCCGGCCCAACUCGGGGGUGUUCGACCCUGCCACAGGGGUGAACUACACCAACAUGUUCGUGGCGCAGCUGGACGCGGUGCACGCCGCGAUGCGUCGGCUUGGUUACGGCGACGUGGAGAUCGCCGUGGGGGAGACGGGUUGGCCGUCGGCUGGGGAGCCAGGGCAGCUCGGGGUGAGCGUGGAGGACGCCAUCUCCUACAACAUGAACUUGAUACGCUUGGUGAACUCCGUCAAUGGGACGCCGAUGAUGCCGGACCGGCGGUUCGAGACGUACGUCUUCGCGCUGUUCAACGAGAACCUGAAGCCGGGACCGACGGCGGAGCGCCACUUCGGGCUUUUCAACGCCGACUUCUCGGCGGUCUACGACGUCGGCCUAAUGCGCGGCCAGGCGCCGGCGCCCGCUGGUGGAUCGGGGAGGAGGUGGUGCGUGGCGAAGGCGGACGCGAGCGCCGCGGCGCUGCAGGCCAACAUCGACUAUGCGUGCGGCAGCGGCGGGGCGAACUGCAGGCCCAUACAAGACGGCGGCGCGUGUUUCUACCCCAACACGCCGUUGUCCCACGCCUCCUACGCCAUGAACGCCUACUACCAAGCCGCCGGGCGCCACGACUUCGACUGCGACUUUGGCCACACCGGCGUCCUCACCUCCACUGACCCCAGUCGUGGGAACUGCAAGUAUCAGUGACAAGUUACGGUGCUUACAUGCUAGCCAGCAACUCCUACCUUUAAUCUAUAGCUAUCAGGCAUCAUUGCAGGGAUAUUUAUGUUUACUGGUCAUCGUAGUUGUAAUCUAAUUCGUGCAUCAGAUUUUGAGAUACUACCAGUUGUCCACCA